AUGGUAUUGACAAAACAACAAAAGGAUCAACUUAAUCAAGCUAUACUAGAUUAUUUGUCCACAUUCGAAUAUAAGACUAGUGCAGAUGAGUUUGCCAAAGAGGCAAAGGUUGGCGAGGUGGACGCCACGGCAAAGGGACUACUAGAGAAGAAGUGGACAUCAGUGAUCAGGCUAAAUAAAAAGAUUGGCGAACUGGAAGCAAAGGUCAAGCAACUGGAGGAGGAGCUGAACAAUGGCGGACGCGGUGGAGGCCAGGCACGACGAGGAAAAGAAGACGCGCUGCCCCGCCAGCCAGAGAAACACACGCUCACCGGACAUAGGAACUGCAUCAACGCUGUGCGCUUCCAUCCAAUGUACUCAGUGAUCGUCUCGGCCUCGGAGGACGCCACCAUGCGCGUCUACGACUUUGACAGCGGAGACUUUGAACGAACUCUGAAAGGACACACCAACGCCGUGCAGGACAUCGACUUUGACAAGACUGGAAACCUGAUGGCCUCGUGCUCUGCAGACCUCACCAUCAAGAUCUGGGACUUCCAGACGUACGACUGUCUCAAGACGCUACACGGACACGAUCACAAUGUCAGCUGCGUGCGAUUUCUGCCGUCGGGCGACCAGCUGGUCAGCUCAUCGCGUGACAAAUCCAUCAAGGUCUGGGAGACGGCCACGGGCUACUGCACAAAGACUCUGACGGGCCACGAGGACUGGGUGCGCAAGCUGAUCGUCAGCGAGGAUGGCACCAGCAUUGCCUCGUGCUCCAACGACCAGACGGCACGUGUAUGGAGCAUCGUCAAGGGCGAGUGUCUGCUCACAUUCAGAGAGCACAGCCACGUUGUCGAGUGUCUGGCCUAUUCACCAGAGAACAUCGUUGAGAUUCCAGGCUCGCUCAUGUCCACCGCAGAGGGCAAGUCAAAAGCCAAGGCAGGUGCAGGUGGCACAUCAUUUGGACAGGCAGGAUAUUUAGCAACAGGUUCCAGAGACAAGACUAUUAAGAUUUGGGAGUUGGCAACAGGUCGUUGCUUAGCCACAUAUAUUGGACACGACAAUUGGGUAAGGGCCAUUAAAUUCCAUCCAUGUGGAAAGUACUUGAUCAGUGUUGGAGAUGACAAGACCAUCAGAGUUUGGGACAUUGCACAGGGAAGAUGUAUCAAGACAAUCAACGAAGCACAUUCACAUUUCAUCUCCUGCUUAGACUUCUGCUCGCACAAUCCACAUAUUGCCACUGGAGGUGUAGAUGACAUCAUCAAGAUAUGGAAGCUAGGCUAA